AUGCCGUUAACGAUUAUCUCUCAAGCGCAGUUGCGCUCCCUUCUCUUGUCUCUGACUCGGGAUGAGAUUAUCACACUGCAGCAGAACCUCGCCCAAGCCUUACGAGAGUACUCGACUGGAAACCAGGAAAACGGCUGCGCUGCUACCUACCAACCACAGAGAACCGCCAUUACGCGACGGAAUGGCUGCACGACGCUAUUUAUGCCCGCCACGACUGGCCGCACACUCGGGAUAAAGACAGUUUCGCUGCAGGAUGGCGGUGCCGCAGGAUGCGCCGUGGACUCCCGGCCGGAUAUCUCCCCUGACGACAAGACAGCGUCGAGAUCCCAUAGACACCGAGACUCAAUGUCUUCUCUCGCGUCCGACAUUAGUGACCUCUCGACUUCGUCGCAGGAAGGUGGUAGUGGCAACAGCAGCUCCCGCACGUCGAGCAGCCAAUCACUACCGUCUGGCUGUGUGAACAGACAGCCAGUCAACACUGGAAUGUCCAGCACGAUGGGAGCAUGGCCCUCUGCGGGCUCUCGAGACACCUCGCCGCAGGGGAGCUUGACUCUACUUGACAAGAAGAGCAUGCCGUUUGGACUGAUUAAUGCCCACGAGCUGACACCGUUCCGCACGGCGCUGACGGCGAUGAUGGUGUUCGGCAAACGCAAGCGGGUGCGCACCAUCGUGGUGUUCGGAGCCGGUAAGCAAGCCUACUGGCACAUUCGGCUGGCUCUAGUGCUGCGGGGUUCGGAUAUCAAACGAGUGUUCAUCGUGAAUCGGUCUUUUGAUCGGGUUGCCCGGCUUCUGCAGGAUAUCUACUCCCCAGAGAAUUCCAGCUGGCGCGGAGACGUGAAAUUCUCAGCAGUCAGCAGCGACUUUGGCGAGUACUCGCGCAUUCUCCACAAUGCCCUCCACAAGGCGGAUGCGAUUUUCUGCUGCACACCCUCCAUCAAGCCACUCUUCCCGGCGGAGAUGCUCACCUCACGCGAGGCUCGGAAAAAGGGACGACUGAUCAGCGCCAUCGGCUCGUACAAGCCACACAUGACGGAGCUGCAUCCCGAUAUCCUGCGAGACGAGGUCGACACGCAUCACUCCCACCGACAUUUCCACAAACACGUCAAGCGGAGCGGCGUGAUAGUAGUGGACAGUCUUGAGGCCGCCUUGAAAGAGGCGGGAGAGAUCAUCCAGGCGGGGAUCAAACCCAAACAAGUGGUAGAACUGGGGGAGUUGCUGAUGGUGCGGUAUGCAGUGCAGGACAUGGCAGAGGAGGAUGAGGUCAGUAAAGGCCUGGGAGAAUGGGUUCAACGAGGCAAUGUGAUCUUUAAGAGCGUUGGGAUGGGAUUAAUGGAUCUCAUUACCGGGGAAGAUUUGGUGCGUUUGGCUCGCGAGCGACAGCUUGGGACGACGGUGGAAGAUUUCUAG